AUGGGGCUCGUUCAACAUGUUGAACCGCUGGCCCAGGUGGUGUUCGCUCAUUGGGCCGUGGCUAUCGUAGCGACUGUGUCAUUCUAUGCUUCAUUCCGUUGUUUCUACAACCUGUACUUCCACCCAGCAGCCAAGUAUCCCGGACCAAGACUCGCAGCUAUCUCCAAUAUCUGGAUAACCGGAAAGUAUCCAUCCGUGAUCGCAAAGGCUCAUGAGAAGUACGGCGACGUCGUCCGCAUUUCUCCGAACGAACUUGUAUUUAUCACUCCCAAGGCCGCAUCAGACAUCUUUGCUUCUCAAGUCAAAGGCUUGGAGUAUUUCCUUAAAGCCGACUUCAUCAGCCUUGGGUGGCCGGAUCAGGGUAUCACCUGGGAAACUGAUCCAGUCAAACAUCAUCAGAAAGCCAAAUGGCUUUUGCCGUCUUUCAGCGCCAAAUCACUCAGAGAAAAGGAAGACGUCAUGCAUAAGUACAUUGAUAUCUUCGUCCAGAACAUGAUGGAACUUGGCAAUGGAAAGGAAGGGAUCGAGCUCAGGAAGUGGGCGGACUGGCUGGCUAUGGACAUAGCAGCCGACCUAGGCUACAGCCGCGAAAUGAGGCAGCUGGAGGAAAAGAGACCUUCGCCCUACCUGGAAUCCAUAUGGGCGGCCAACUUCUUCGUCACCAUGCACACAACCGCCAAGAAGUUCCCUCUCCUCGGUUGGCUACAGUACUUCUCGGUGCCACCCUCAGCCAUUGUGAACUAUGUCGCAGCGCUUGGCGCCAACAAGAAGGCGUUCUAUAAACGCAUUGACGCCCUUGGUCAAACGCAACACCCGGAUCAUUUUGGCCACCUGCUUGAUCCCGAGUCGCCGCUUCCUGCAAAAAGAUACCUGCAGUCGUUAGAGGCUAUUUGUCUCCAUCUGCUGCCCGCGGGCUAUGAGCCGAUCUCAAGCUCGUUCUUCGGUAUCAUUGCGUUUUCCCUGCAGGACCGCGGGAACCACGGGCGGCUUGUCAAGGAGAUCAGAGAUGUGUUCAUAAGCUACGAAGAUAUCGCGGUUGAUACUGUGACCCGUCUGGACUUUUUGCACGCCACGGUCAUGGAGCAGCUGCGCGUGGCCGUGGUUGGGGCUACGGGACAGCCGCGUGUGAGCCCAGGUGCCACUGUGGAUGGGCUCUACAUCGCCAAAGGAGUCGAGGUCCAAUACGCCAACUACGCAUUCACUCGUAACUCGCGGUACUUCCACGAGCCUUACAGCUACCGACCACAGCGCUGGUUACGUCAGGGUCAUCCAUUCUGGGACCCUGUCUAUGCCAAAGACGCCAGAGAAGACUUCCACCCAUGGGGCCAAGGGAUCAGAGCUUGUCCAGGAAUGAUUCUGUCGUUGCAGGAAAUCAAGCUGAUUGUUGCCAUGGUGCUAUGGGCUUUGGAUGUGAAGAUGCUUCCGGGCCAGCAUGUAGAUUUCGAUAGAGACUUUGAGCUCUAUGGGAUGUUGGAAAAGCCAGAUCUCUGGGUGCGGUUUAACAAGGUGGCUCGAUGA